UCCACUGAAAUGGAACUCGCUGCAUACCUGUGCAUUGAGUGAAAAAAAAUCAUAAGUGAUCAAUUAAUAUGUAAAUGAAAUGGCUUUCUUCUCUUGUGUCGACUGAUUGCUCACCAACAAUGCUGAAACAUUUCUUCAAAGAAAGGGGCGGGCAUGGUGGCUAGCUUGCUGUAGGAAAGAUGUCUGCUAGCUGACAAAGUAGCAGAAAGAAAGUCUGAUUUGGAAUGGUUGAAAGGACGCCUCAGAAUAUUGAAACACUCGAAUUGAAACAUCUGUGCACUUUCAUCGUUGUUCAUCCAAUCUCAUUCAAUAAUGCAGUGGACCGGACUAGCCGAACAUUUUGCGCCUUCGUGAGGUGUACAUAACCACUACUUCAAUGUGCCAUAUGUAACAAGUGUCAUGUGUCAAACGUCAAACCACAUUUUCGAAUUUCUCCAGUUAUUCCAGUAAAUAAUUAAUGGAACUUUCGAGGUCUUCAGUCAGAUGUCGGACUCCUCUGUUGUUGACCUGCCUAUUAUCACUGUCAUUCAUAUUUAUUCAACUUCUGUUCCAACUAUGGUUAGAAUGGGUUGAGGACACGAGAAUACCGGUUCGCCAUCUCAAGCUUGGAAAAUUUAGUUUAAAAGAUGUAAAUGAUAUUGUACUUGUUUGGUGGACUCCUUUCACUGGCAAUUCUGGUUCCUUCCUAGACUGCGGAGAAGUGAGAUGUUUCAUUACUCAAGAUCGUCGCUUUCAACACCAUCCUAAGUUUCAGAUGCAUCUUUUUUAUGGAAGCAAUAUAGAUAUUUUUGAUUUACCUUUGCCAAAACAAAAUAACAUUUUAUGGUCCCUUCUUCAUGAAGAAUCACCAAAGAAUGUUCCAUUUCUUUCUCACAAAGAGGGCAUAUCCCUUUUUAACUACACUGCAACAUUCAGUCGCUUUAGUGAUGUACCCUUAACGUUACAGUAUGUCUCGGAUAUUGAAUCAAUCACUGAUCAUCAUUACGUUGUGCCCAUAGAACGGAAAAAUAGUCUCCUCCAGCACUUAUCUCCUGUACUGUAUGUGCAGUCUGAUUGUGAUACUCCAUUGGACAGGGACAAAUAUGUUCAAAAACUUAUGGAGUACAUACCUAUUGACUCUUAUGGAGCAUGUCUACACAACAAAGAACUUCCAGUAUUAAUGACAAAUCCAAUGGAGUCCUUCAAUAGUGAAGAGUUUCUUCAUUUUGUAGCACAAUACAAGUUUACAAUAGCAUUUGAAAAUGCUGUUUGUGAUGAUUACAUUACGGAAAAGUUAUGGAGACCACUUACUGUUGGUUCUGUACCUAUUUACCUUGGUUCUCCAUCAAUUGAGGACUGGCUGCCUAAUCAGAAGUCUGCAGUAUUAGCUUCAAACUUCUCUUCUCCCAAAGAACUGGCAGCUUACCUAUUGGAAAUCAACUCUGAUGAUGAAAAAUACACAGCUUUCCUCUCACACAAGGGCGGAUUAAUUACCAACAAGUAUUUUGUAUCAGAAUUAACGUCUCGCUCUUGGGGAUUACCCGAUAACAGUCAUUAUCAUUACAUAGAUGAGUUUGAAUGUAAAAUGUGCCUUCAAGCUCACCUAAACGCAAAUGGACAUGCAAGAAAGAAGGUGGCUAGUCAAGAAGAAUACUUUUGCCCCCGACCCAAGUCAUCCAUCACAAAACAAGAGGACCCAUCAAAUCUAUGGUUAGAUUUAUGGGAGCAUGGCAAGUGUGAAGCAACUGUUUUAAGCACAUUCAUUCAGAAUGGGCAUUGGUAUAAUGCUUCCUCAUUCAAUUCUGAAGUUCAGUCUCGAUUUAAGAAAGGUACUUGCUAGUUUGUGUCGAGGAUGAAAUAGCAGUAUGACUACAGUUUGUAAUUGUAAUUUAACUAGAUUAUCUAAAUUUAAGGAAUAUCUAAGAAAAACCAACUAUUUUAAGAUAGAUUUUUUUUUAAUUUGUACAAAUUUUAGUAAAGAAAACCAAGAUGAAUUGAUGGAACCGUGCCACAGGCCUUGAUCCAUAAAUUUGAAAAUGAUAAAAUAAAACCAGGAUUAGUGAUGCAAAUCACAUCACAUCA